AUGACAGAGAAAAUGAGCAAUGCGUUGGCACCACCUGAGCAAGUGCAACCUUUGAUGAAUAGGCAGAAUGCUACCGACACAUUGGAGGAAGAGUACGACACAAGCAAUCCACGCCGUGGGAUGGCCAUCAUUUUACACCAUGAGAAUUUUAAGCUGAUGAGCAAACGUGAAGGAAGCAGCAGGGAUUGCAGUACCGCAAUUACAGUCCUCACUAAUAUGCAGUUUGAUGUGCGUGUUUACGAAGAUCUGCCUUUUGCGCAGCUUUGCCGUGUUUUAAAAGAACUUGCCAGCGAGGAUCACUCGGAAGGUGAUUGUUUGUUGGUAAUGAUCAUGACACAUGGCGAUGAUGACGUACUUUAUGCGUACGAUCAGCCCUAUAAAGUAGACAUUCUGUUUGAACACUUUAUGGGCGAUGCAUGCCCAACGCUGCUCGGUAAACCAAAGUUGUUCUUUGUGCAAGCCUGCCGAGGCACCGCGUUCGAUAAGGGAGUGCAGCUGGGUAAUGGCUAUGUAGAUACAGAUACUUCUGCCUCACAUAAAUAUGUUAUUCCGACAACGGCCGAUCUAUUGGUGAUGUACUCAUCGUACAAAGGGCAUGUGUCGUGGCGCAAUCCCGUUGGUGGUUCCUGA